CCUAUUAUAUAACAUUUUGGAUUAAUUAGAACAGUUAAGAUGCACUUUUUCAUUGCUCAGAACAUUAAUAACUGUUGAUUUUUAAACUGAAUUUUGUUCAGUUCAGUUUCUUCACAGCACAAACCUAAACCAAAGUACUCACUGGUGAAGAUGGCAGCACAAAAAUCAUCAGAAGACACUUUGCAGGUCAAAAACAAAUUAUGCUCCUACAAUAUAUGUAUCUCCUAAAUAAUAAUUGUAUCAAAAAGAAAUUUAAAAUUACCCCUAUAACACUUUACAAUGUGGACUUGAGAAUAAAAUAGCUGAUCAAUCAUCAGAAUAGAGAUUAUUAAUGAUUUUUAAUAAUCAGCCUGGGGAAAAAGAUAUUAAUCAAAUCAUGACAUCACAUCAUAUUCUCUCUUUGGUUUCCAGGAUCUUCACUUUGCUUUAAAUCUUUGUCUUUAGUCCUACCCACAUGUGGAUGACUGAGAGUCACAGCCUGUCCCCACCUUCAGACCCUGCGCUCAGAUUAAAGGCUCAUUCCGCCCUGCAGGAUCUCCUGCUUUCCUCCACCUGAUCUCCAUGGAGAUGGACUCCCAUACGUAUGGUAAGACUUACCUCUUUCAUUUCAUUUCCAUAGGAUAAUGCAUUUAAGAUACAUUUCACAUUAUUCAUAGUGUACAAAAUGUUGAGCAACAGACUGCUUAUGAAUCAUAAACUCAGGAUUUAACUUCAUAUCAACUUAUUCGUAGAAUAAUAAUAAAUAACACUAAACUAUGCAGGUAUAUUUCCAAUCUGUUUCAUAAUUAUUUUUACCAGUUUCACCUGGUAGUGGAUUACAAGAUUGUUCAUCAGCAAAUAUUAAAUGAUGAACAUCAGCAGUGUUCUGCAGUGUUGACCAGGUGUGUGUGUGACUGUUUUACACACUAAAACUAAAAGUCAUUUCAUUAGAAGUUUAAUGCGUCACUCUGCCGUUGUUGUUAGAACAAAUCUGCUCUUUCAGCCUGUAAUAAUGAAACCAAGAAAUUAACAUAACUCACACUGUUAAAUUAGAGUUUGCUUGUUAUACACUGACUUUCCUUAAUUGUUAAACAAUUUCUAGGUGUUUUAUAUUGAAAAUAAAAAGGCAGUGGUCAGUUUUUACGUUGGGAUUCAGUCAACAAAAAAUAUCUCUAGAUAUUAGAGUGAUAAAAAAAAAUCUAAUUAAUUGCAGGCUUUGGAAUUAAAAAAAUCACAAUUCAUCACACUUAACUAAUAGCUAUUUAAAUUCAGUUCAGUUUUGUUCUACUACUGAAUCAAUAAACAGAAAUAUGUUCAUCAAUGUUUACAGUGGAAAGUGGAAUUUGUGGUUUUGUUUGCAUGCAGCGGUUUGUCCAACCUUCAACAAACAGAUGUACCUAUAAUGAAAAUGUCUAACAUUAGUAAAGUUGCAGUUUUACUCUUCAUAUAUUUCUAAAUCACCCAACUAUGAUAAGAAAAUAUUAUUUUGUAAUAAUUGUGCAGUCAUUACAGACUGCAUUCUGUUAGAAAUGUGACCUUACAGGUUUCCUUUCAUCCUGGUCUGAUUGCUGCAUAAUUACCCAAAAGGCAAAAUAAAAACCAGAAAUCAUUCUGCAUUAAAAUCAUGAGAACAUAGCAACACUGGCCUGAUCAUCUUAAACUCUGUUUUCUCAUCUUGUUAUCGUCACCACAGAUAACAGGAUUGAAAUGUUGCGGCUUUGUGGUAAUAUUUACUUAUAAAAUCUACCCUCACAUAUGCCGUUAUUCUUAUGAUCCUGUUGAUCAUCUCUCCAUCCAUCACUGUGCUUCAUAGCAUGGCUUCAUGGUGUUCUGGAUCAUAUGGAUCAUAGAUCAUUUACUUGCCCUUGAACAUCUGAGGUUUACAUAUUCAAACAUUAAUUCAGAUGUUAUAUUUUUACACUCAGUAUGAUGAAAUAUAUUAACUUUUUUUAGUCUCUUAUAAAAAAGAAUAUUCUUUAGCAAUUAACUAAUGAGAAUUGAUGGGUGAAUGUAUAAUAGCUGUUUCCCUCAGCUGCCUGGUACCCUGUCUGGUUGUUGUUUUGUCUUGUAUCCUAGAGCUAUACUCCAUAGAUGUCCCUCCUCUCACCCCAACCAGCAAGGAAGUCCUGAGCCAGGCUGUUCAGGCCAGUUUCUCUGGUUUUGCCCAGGAGAUUAUCAACCACCACUUUCCACAUGAUCCAAGCUUGUGGUCAGAAUGGGAGGUGAGCCACUGGUUGGACUGGUGCCAGGCUGAGUUCGGCCUCCACGGCUCAGAGCUGAGGGGUCUGCAGGGCAGCCAGCUGUGUGGGCUGGACAGGGAGGCCUUCCUGGGCCUGAUGGCUGACUGCACUGCAGGAGAGAUCCUGUGGGAGCACCUGGAGACCCUGAGGGGGGAGUACAUCCAGGAUCAACAGAAUGAGAUACUUCACUAUCAUUCAGCUCACAGCUCAGACCUCCACACUCUGGAUCCAGUUUCUGCCCCACAUGAAGGUCACAGUCUGAUGAACGCAGAGGAAUCCAUCAGUUCUGCUUUUCUGAUACCAGAAAUACACAGAGAAACACACUUGGAGGAGAGGGCUGCUGCCAGCAGACCGCCUCCCACCGUCAGGCCACGGGCUUUGACUGCUCCACUCACUGAUUUACAGCCUCUGGACGACAGAGUGUCUGAUGAUGCCUUCAUGCUGCUGCAGAAACACGGGAGCUUCAAAGACUAUGUAGGCAGCAAAACACAUGUGGGCAAAGCUGUGAUACCAGCAGCCAUUUUAGCUGGUUACACUGGUAGUGGACCAAUCCAGCUGUGGCAGUUUCUGCUGGAGCUCCUAACAGAUCGCAGCUGUCAGUCCUGCAUCAGCUGGACUGGAGAUGAGUGGGAAUUCAAACUGACCGACCCUGAUGAAGUAGCUCUGCUUUGGGGAAAGAGGAAAAACAAACCCAAGAUGAAUUAUGAGAAACUGAGUCGGGGCCUGCGCUACUACUACGACAAGAACAUCAUCCGCAAGACAGCCGGCAAGCGCUACGUCUACCGCUUUGUGUGCAACCUGCAGGGCCUGCUGGGAUACGAGCCUGGGGAGCUACACGCCAUGUUGGACGUCAGCAGCAAGACGAGCUCAGGAAGGCAAUAACCAGAGACCGGACCAGCAACUCUUUUUCUAAUAAUGUUUUUAUUAUUUUUAUAUGAUUGUUGGCAGCAGAAGUGGUGGAUCAACAUGCUCAAUACAUACUCUGUCUUUCACUGCAAAAAUGUCCAAAGAAAUAAAUUCAUGUGGCACUAUUUUUUGGGGUGAAGUUGAGGUAAAAAAUUACUAUAUCAUAAUUAUUAUUAUUAUUGCAGGAGUUUCUGUGUCCCUGUGUAGAGGGAUCCCUGCUCCAACACAGAUAAAACAAAUGGCUGAAAUAUUUCCUCAGCAUGAAGUCAGGUUAUGCAGAAGUCUGGUCAUUUGACUGAAAUGUUCUGGAGAAGAGAUGCAGACAGCAGCUGCUACUUUGUGACCUUUUAUCAUUAUUUUUGACUGACCAGCUACAAUUCUGAAAAUUAUGUUUAUUAGCUAAAGGCUAAAAUUAGGAAAGACACUUUUUGAAGUGUAUUUGAAGUGAAAUUCAGAGGUUGUCUGAAUUUCCACAAUAUGUUGGACAGUCAGCUUUUAAACUGUAUGACAGGUAAAAUAUUUAGAGUUCCCUUCCACAAGGUUUUUGUAAUAGUUGUUGGAAUUUAAACACACUCCUCUGUACAGAACUGGUGGAACUGGGUUAGGUUUGUAGAUCACCUUCCUCACACAAUCCUUAAGCUCUGUCUGCAAGUUAUUCAUGGGAAUAAAAAUCAGUACUUAGUG